GCCAAGACCUCACCAAGAUGCCAUCUCAAAUGGAACACGCCAUGGAAACCAUGAUGUUCACGUUUCACAAAUUCACUGGGGAUAAAUGCUACGUAACAAAGGAGGACCUGAGAGUACUCAUGGAAAAGAAGUUUCCUGCAUUUUUGGAAAAUCAAAAAGACACUCUGGCCGAAGACAAAAUAAUAAAGGACCUGGACCAGUGCCGAGAUGGCCAAGUGGGAUUCCAGAGCUUCUUUUUGCUAAUUGCUGGGCUCACUGUCACAUGCAAUGACUUGUAG